GUGCCCCCCCCGGCGGCAGCGGCGGCAGGGGCAGGUGCAGGAGAUGCAGGAGGAGCAGGAACAGGAGCAGCAGGAGGAGCAGCAGGAGGAGCAGCAGGAGGACCAGAAGCAGCAGCAGGAGCAGCAGGCGUGGGGGUCUCGGGGGUCCCGGGGGUCUCAGGUGUGGGGGGCUCAGCUGCCCCCCGAGAUCCUCCUGCGCAUCUUCCAGGCGGCCGUGGAGGCCGAGGGGGCCGUGCCCUUCCUCCCAAGGGUGUCCCAGGUGUGCCGCCUGUGGCGUGACGUGGCCUCCCACCCCCCCUUUGGCACCGCCUCACCCUGGGGCACCUGGAGGUCUUGA